AUGAAUGCUGAGAUAUCUGCUCUUGAGGAUAAUCAUACUUGGAUUCUUGUUGAUCUUCCUGCAGGUAAAGUUCCAGUUAGAUGUAAAUGGGUGUACAAAGUCAAGUAUCAUGCUGAUAACACUAUAGAGAGAUACAAAGCUACGCUGGUAUCUAAAGGUUAUACUCAACUUGAAGGUGUGGAUUAUUUUGAUACAUUUUCACCUGUUGCAAAGAUUACCAUAGUCAGGCUUGAUGUCAAUAAUGCUUUUCUUCAUGUAGAUCUAAAUGAAGAAGUCUAUAUGCAUCCUCCUCCUGGUUAUGGCAGUUAUGGAAACUCCCUCGCAGAGAUUACACAAGUCAAUACAUUCUUAGAUCAAAAGUUUCGAAUCAAAGAUCUUGGCCAACUCAAAUAUUUCCUUGGUUUAGAAAUUGCUAGAUCCACUUCAGGGAUUUUUCUCAAUCAAAGGAAAUAUGUUUUAGAGUUUCUUGAAGACACAGGUUUUCUCGGAGCUAAACUUGUUUCAACUCCCAUUGAUCCCAACACCAAACUUUCCUCUACUAAUGGCAUUCCUUUAGAUGAUCCUUCAUCCUACAUGAAGUUGAUUGGCAGACUUUUAUAUCUCACUAAUACUCGCCCUGGAAUUUCUUAUUCUGUACAACACCUUAGCCAAUUUGUUUCAAACCCCUUUAUCCCUCAUUACCAAGUUGCAACUAGAGUUCUAAGAUAUCUAAAAGCUUUUCCUGCACAAGGUGUGCUCUUUUCCAGCUCUAGUGCCUUAAAACUUCAUGGGUUUGCAGACUCCGAUGGGGCUCGUUGCCCAGAUUCCAGGAGAUCAGUAACUGGUUUUUGUGUGCUCUUGGGUGAUUAUCUCCUUUCAUGGCGGUCUAAGAAACAAAAUACCGUGUCUCGAUCGUCCACUGAGGCAGAAUACAAGGCUCUGACUUCUCUUACGUGCGAGAUAUAG